AAAAGUAGAAAGUCCAGAUUGAUUAGAAGACGUCUAAAAAUACCGGAAACACACUCUAAAAUACAUACCAUGACUAAAUUGUAGCUGUAGAACCACUAGUCACAAACUCUCUGGAAAUUUAGAUUUUCUGGGCCCUAUUUCUGUCUUCUGUGUGUGUGUGUCCAUUGGCCGCUGUGUGUCGCUUCGGGUCGAAUCAUGUUAUUUCGGCAUUCUCCGGUGCAUCGCUUUCCUUGACUUCAUGAGAAAAAAACAAACAGUCGGGCCGCCUUCGUCUCUCAGCGUUAGCGCCCCUUAGUCUUCGACGUUUCCAUUAAUUUCGGAGGAAGCAUUCAUGAUUGUAUCGACUGUCGUUAACGGUUUCCCUACUAGAGUUUCUUCUCCGGUUCGUACGUGGCUCGGCUUCGCUCGGAUCCCGCUCUGCCCCGCUGCUGCUCGGUCACAUUCGGCUCUUGUCGUUCGACGGAAGAAUGGACGAAGCGGACUCGGCCACGAAGGCGCUCGGGCUGGAUGAACCGCCCAUCGGCGGCCCGCCGGUGGAGGGAGUGGGCUCGGAUACCGAGUCGGAGGCCGAAGUCACCACGAUGGCCGUGAUGGCGGAACCGGGAAACAUCGACAUGGGAGCCGAGUCCCUGCCGAGCCCAGACGAGGCCGAGGCGGCAUUUGCAGAGGUGACGGCGGUGACGGUGGGGGACGUUCAGGCUGCGGAGGACAACGUUUUCACCACGACCGUUGCCACGUCGGGAAGCCUGCCCGAACACGUGCUGAGUGGAAGGACGACGCUCCAGCUGGGUGAAGGCCUCAGUACCCAGAAGGCCACUCUGAUUGUGGUUCACACCGAUGGCAGCAUCGUGGAGGCUGCUGGCCUCAAGUCUGCCACCGCCAUCGCACCAAGUCCCCAGACCACGCCCACCCCGCUGACUCCACCCCAGGACAAAGACUCCUGCUCCAAGUACAACUGGGACCCCUCAGUCUACAACAACGAGCUGCCGGUCCGCUGCAGGAACACCAGCGGAGUCCUCUACAAGAACCGACUGGGAUCAGGGGGUAAAGGUCGUUGCAUCAAACACAACCAGCAGUGGUUCACUCCCACUGAGUUUGAAGGUCUGGCAGGAAGAGCGAGCAGCAAAGACUGGAAGAGGAGCAUCAGAUACGCUGGCAGACCUCUGCUCUGCCUCAUACAGGAGCAUAUCCUGAACCCCCACGCUGCCUCCUGUACCUGUGCAGCCUGCUGUGACGACCUGACAGCGUGUCCAAAGGACGGAGACACACUGGCAGCAGAAAACAUCAGCAUGACCGGUCCGGUCCGCCUCUUCGUCCCAUACAAGAGACGGAAGAAGGACACAGAGCCUCCAGUCGUCCCCCUCAAAAAGGAGCUUCCUGCAACCAAAAGUAUCGCACUGACCCCUGGGACCACAUUCACUGUGUCCCCGUCUGGACAGUUCACUACAUCCGGCGCCUUGACCUUUGACCGCGCUCCAACGGGUGACGCCACGGCCGCUGCUGCCGCCGCCGCCAUCAUCUCAGAGGGCUCGGCACAGAGUGAGGUGUUCGCCAGCACCGCAGUGCUGACGGCGUUGCCAGCAUUGGCCGUGACUCCUCAGCCCGUUCAGGCCAAGAUGGCGGUGGCGGCGGCGGCGGCGUCUCCGUCGGCGGGGCUGGUGAAUGGGCUGGAGGUGGGGCCCGUGGGCGGGGCGGGGCCGGAAGUGAGCGAGGGGCAGAAGAACACCUGGCUGUACCUGGAGGAGCUGGCCAAUACGCUGCUGAGCAACGUCCAGCAGCUGAAGGCUCUGAUCGAACAGGCCAAAAACUCUGCGGGGGACACGACGGGGCUCAGAGGUCAGGGAGGUAGGAAGGAGUGUGGUUUCAGUCAGUCGUUUCAGAGCCAGAUUGCUUUUCAGCAGCCGGACGACUCUGAGGCCAAGAGGAGCUCCGACAUUACCGAGAUCAUAAUCAACAUGUGUGUGAACUGUGGUCGGGUGGCGAUGAGUGAGUGUACGGGCUGUCACAAAGUCAACUACUGCUCCACCUUCUGUCAGAGGAAGGACUGGAAGGAUCAUCAGCACACCUGCUGUCAGUCGGCAGGGGGCGUGGCCGUCCAGGAGGAGGAGCCAAUCACAGCCAUCGACAUGGACAAGGUGAAGUGAAGGUGUCGCAGGUGGCCCCGAGGUCACCACCGCCCAUCAGCUGCUGCAGACAGGAAGUCCCCAUGUGGGCAAAAGAGGAGAGGUCUUCACUUAAUACCUCCUUGCCCGAACUUUUAUUGUGAAAGUGUCCCCGCAGACCAGCAUUGAGAGGAAGACCUGUGAUCUCCGGGGAGUUGUACUUGUUGUAUAUAGACUGCACUGACUCUUCAUUUCUAGAGCCAAGUUGGGAGUUUUCCCGUUCACUUCAAUGCAGUGAGAGUUUGAUCUAGUGGACGUUAGAGGAGCUGCAUCUCUCCACAAUUCAGCUCUGAUCAUCAAGUUUCUGCUUCUGGAAACAGAAAACUAUCACACACUGAAAUGGACGUGAGCGCAAUCUGCACAAAAUGAAUCUUUUGGUAAUUAUCACAACAACAAUUCAUUCAAGUGUUAAAAUCAGAUUGUAAAAAAGUUUAGUUUAGGGCUACAACUAACUGUUACUUUCUUUAUUGCUCGUUGAUCAGUUCUUCUCCCCAUUUAAAUCAUUAUUUUAUCAGUUGCUAUAAUGAUGAUUUUUAUUCCUUAUCUUCCCUCGGUAGCUGUUAUCUCUUUCUUGAAACAUAAUUUUACUGCCAUUUUAACUCUCGAUAAGCAGAACCUCCAGAGACGUCCCGGUUAAAAUAAAGGUCAAAAGCAUCAGUGAAAUAAAAAAUAUUAAAUUAAAACCCCAACCCAUCCUGGCCAAUACUUUGAUAUGUAUUAUUUAUUGUCUUUUCUAAAUGUUAUUGUGGUAUUUUUCUUUAUUAUUGUUAUUCAUGAUUCACAUUGUCAGAUUGUAAAGGUUUUCUUCCCUUUUAAACUAAUGUUUGUGAUCCGA